AUGUCCAAGCCACUUGUGCUUAUCCUCGGAGCAGGUGCCAAUGUAGGCGCAGCUGUGGCUCACAGAUUUAGCCAAGAUGGGUAUCAGGUCGCAAUUUCUGCCCGUCGCAUUGCAAACGGCAUCUCACCUGAAGGAUAUAUCACAAUUCAAGCAGACUUGUCAGAGAAAACGGCAGUUCCUCUAAUCUUUGAGAAAGUUAAAUCAGCCGCAGGAAUCCCCAGUGUUGUUAUCUACAAUGUGAAGGGAUUUGAGCAGCUCCCGGAGACCGUGAGGAAAACAUUUAUCUACACUGGAAACUGGCUGAAUACCACUAUUUCGGCUUCCAAUGUUCUUGUUACUUUAGGGAUAGGCAAAGCAGCAAGCGCAUACUGGGUUGGAUCGGCGGACCAAACAUACUCUCUGAAGGGGUACAGGUUUCACUAUGUCGAUCAGCGCACACCAGAAGGAACAGCGAUGCGAGCAGGUGUUGAUGGCAAGGCCCAUGCUGAGUUCUUUAAGCAGCUUGCAGACAGGCAGGACCCUUCCGUGCCAUGGCUUGCGACUUUUGUCAAGGGGAAAGGAUAUAUUGAUUUUUCCAAGUAA